ACAGAACAAGAAAAGGUUACUUUAUUUUCAACCAAGCGGUCACGACGCAUGCAGAGGGAAGAACUAAACCACGUUUCACUUUCACAGCCUUGGGAAAUUAAGAUCAGAAGUAGGCUAGCUAACUAGCGCAUAUGCCUAAACUAACGCUCAUCAGAUUGUGUUUCUGGCUUUGUCUGGCGCGAACGGUGGUCUCCCGAGAUGAUCUUUAUCUUAAAGUGGGAGGUGAGCUCGUGUUGAAACCAGACAAGUCCACAGUGCCUGACUCCAUCACAAGCAUCCUAUGGAAGCAUGGGAAGAACAAGGUGGCAGAGUGGGACAAGGAUUUUGGUGGUCUGGACAUCUAUGCCUCCUUCAAAGAGCGUACAACCCUGGACCAGACUACUGGAGAGCUGAGAAUCAGUGGAUUGAAGAAAACAGACAGUGGAGUUUAUUCUGUGGAGUUUAACAGCAAACUGCUUGACCAGACAUAUACAUUAUCUGUUUUCAAGGCAGUCCCCAAACCCACGAUCACUUCUUCCUGUAACCCAGACAAAACCUCCUGCACUCUGACCUGUGAGGGCGACACCACUGAUGCUGAACCAGUCACCUACAGCUGGAAAGUGGGAGCGAGCGCGUGGGAGGUCUUAGACAAACAGAUUGAUGUCAAUAAGAGUGACACUGGCAAAUCAACCAACAGUUACAAGUACAUCUGCAAAAUGAAAAACCCUGUUAGUGAAGAAGUCAGUGAUCCAAUUGGACAAAGGUUUGGUCCAAAGGCAGUCCCUAAACCCACAAUCACUUAUACCUGCAACUCCAACAAAACCACCUGCAUUCUAACCUGUGAGAGCGACACCACUGAUGCUGAACCAGUCACCUACAGCUGGAAAGUGGGAGAGGGGGCGUGGGAGGUCAUAGAAAAAUGGCUGAUUGUCUCUAAGAGCGACACUGGCAAAUCAACCAACAGUUACAAGUACAUCUGCAAGCUGAAGAACUCUGCUGGAGAAGGGGAAGUCAGUGAUCCAGUUGGAUCGGUGUUUUAUCCAGAGCCUUCUGAAGUCGGUGGUGGUUGGAUUGUUGGUGUUGUCGUCAUUGUAGUCAUUGUAGCGCUUGUUGCCAUUGUCAUAACAGUUUGGUUGGUGUGGAAGAAGAAAAAAGAAUAUCCCCAAGACACCUGGAUUGACUUUUUGAGAAAGUAUUUUGGUGGAAUUUAUGGUAGAAUGUGUGGGGUUCCGUUAACGCCCAACACCAAACCGGGGGAAGAUGGCGCAGACAAAGCUGGAAGGGGGCACGGGAAUGAAGAAGCCAACCUGAUGAUGGAGUAGAAAGAAUCCAGUGUUUUAGGAUGCUGGUGGUCUUCCUGGUGGGGUAACUGAGGAGCAGAAACAUGAGGUUUGAACGCUCUCAGUACAUGACUCCAUAUCUGUUACAUUGAGACAAACGACCAAGAAGAGAGAAACAUGUUUGAACUGUUGGAGAAAUUUUAAAUGAAGGAAAACAACAAGCAAAUAUUGCACAUAGGAACUUCCAUGCAGUCAGAUGAAGUAUAGUGAGCUACAACGUAUUGGCACAAUGACAUCUUUUGAUGUUUUGGCUCUGUACUCCAGCACUGUUCCCCGGGCGCCACAGACUUGGAUGUCGAUUAAGGCAGCCCCCGCACCUCUGAUUCAGAGGGGUUGGGUUAAAUGCGGAAGACGCAUUUCAGUUGAAGGCAUUCAGUGACUAGCUAUCCCCCUUUCCAUUUUGGAUUUGAAAUGAUACAAUGGCUAUAAAUGUUAUAGUGCAGACUGUCAGCUUUAACCCAAUAUGGAUGAGAAUACCCUCAAAUUAAAGCUGACAGUCUGCACUAACUUUUUUAGGGUAGGGGGCAGCAUUUGGGAUUUUGGAUGAAAAGCGUACCCAAAGUAAACUACCUGCUACACAGGCCAGAAGCUAGGAUAUGCAUAUAAUUGGUAGAUUUGGAUAGAAAACAGCUUCCACUAGUUGUGAACAUGCUUUAGACAUUGUUUCAGGCUUUUAUUCUGAAAAAUUAGGGAGAAUGACCACUGUGUCAGUGGAUAGUGAGAUGUCUCCAGAGCUGGUUACUGCGCACGACCGAGAGUGCGCCUUGUUUUUCAUUUAUAUUGACGACGCUAUUGUCCGGGUUGAAAUAUUAUCGAUUAUUUAGGCUAAAAACAACCUGAGGAUUGAUUAUAAACAUCGUUUGACAUGUUUCUAAGAACUUUACGGAUACUAUUUGGAAUUUUCGUCUGCCCGUUGUGACCGCUUUUGAGCUAUUGGAUUACUGAACAAAAUGUGCCAACAAAAUGGAGGUUUUUGGAUAUAAAGAGGGACUUCAUCGAACAAAACAAACAUUUAUUGUGUAACUGGGAGUCUUGUGAGUGCAACCAUAUGAAGAUAAACAAAGGUAAGUGAUUCAUUUUAUUGCUAUUUCUGACUUUCCUGACUAAUCUACUUGGCUGCUAACGUUUUGUGUGCUGAGCGCUGUCCUCAGAUAAUUGCAUGGUUUGCUUUUGCCGUAAAGUCUUUUUGAAAUCUGACACGGUGGCUGGAUUAACAAGUUGAGCUUUAUUUUGAUGUAUUGCACUUGUGAUUUCAUGAAAGUUAAAUAUUUAUAGUAAUUCGAAUUUGGUGCUCUGCAAUUUCACCGGAAGUUGUCGAGAUGGGACGCUAGCGUCCCACUGUUGCAUAUAACCUCAGUCAUUGAAUCAUUUCAAAUCCAAAAUGCUGGAGUACAGAGCCAAAACAACCAAAAGUGUCACUCUUCCAAUACUUUUGGAGCUCACUGUAUAAUGUGAUGAACAGUGUGCUUUAUGAACUUACAGUACUUCAGAAAUAUGAGGGCAAUAUUUGUAUCUCAGAACAUUUUGAUGAUGGACAAAAACGAGAUUCUUAUACUUUGUGAGUGAGGUAAAUAACUUUUUGGAUGCUUACCCUUUCUCACUGUUAUUGCCUCGUCUUUACAAAUCAGCAUCAAUGAUGUACAGGUUGUUUGAAGCCAUAGUAUCUAUCACUUUAUUAUUGUAUGAUACCUUUUUUUAAAUAAAUGUCUUAAAUAAUUUCAUAAUUCUUAAAGCCUUCACUUGAUUUAUGUCAAGGAAUUUGUACAGGUUGUUAUUGUUUUCUUUCUCAGAGUAGUUUAUGCCAACCCCCAAACUAGGAAAAUUAUAGUGUUGGUUGAGAGGAACCAGGCCUGAGAGGUAGAGCUCGUCCUCAUCUGCCUUGUAAAGCGAGAGCUCUGCAGUACUGAGAUAUUGUAUUACUAAGAGAGAGCUCUGCAGUACUGAGAUGUUGUAUUACUAACAACUGUGCAUGUGUAUUUGUUUUAAUACCUUUUAAUAUUUUAAUUUGACAAACAGUGGUUGUCUUCAUCCAAUUCCUUCAAAUUACCCUCUGGUAUAUCUGUUUUCACAAUAUACAUUGUCACCUGGAUUUUAAUAACCUUUCUCAAAUUACAUCAAUCUGUGACGGACCGAAGUAAGGGGAAACAGCAGUGUACACUAGUUGCCCUCAGAUAGGUAAGAACAUUUGUUUGGCAAGACCACUAACCUGGUAUAUCCCAGGUUUUAGUUUUGUUACUGGUAUGUCUCAGGUUUUAGUUUUGUUACUGGUAUGUCUCAGGUAAUUAUGUCACAGAAGAUGUUAUGAAUUAAGACCAACCACAUUGCUUUAUUUUAGGACUGGACUGUUCUAUAAUGGAGUCCUGGCACAUGCAAAAACAUCUACCUGUACAAUCAUUGUAUGUAUCUCUGUUUAAACUCCAGAUUUCACGCUGUAGUGAUGUGUUGAUAACUGAAUGCAUCUGAACACCAAUUCUGUUUCAGCACUUUUGUCUUAAGAAUGUAUUUUUUUACAAACUUGAUUGGUGAGGAAGGUCUGUAUAGGGCUGGGCUUGAGCCAUCAUCAACAUGCAUAUCCCUAUCUGAAACCUUAAGAUCUGCGAAUACUGAGUUAGGGAAAGGGACUGACCGAAGUCUAGUUUCAACUAGUCUUGUUGCAUGUACUGGAAGUACUUCUUGCCAAACGGAUCACACCACAGGACUGACGAUUCCUAAAUCAAGUGUCAACUCCUGAGACAUGCUGCUGUGAAAAACAAAUGCACUUGAAAGUGCAGUGUGUUAAAUAUAUUUUAUCUGCAACAAUUGAAUUCCAGCCUGCAUGUACUGCCAAUACUUUGAAUUGUGAUAUUUAUAUUUUUUCAAUGAAAGGAGUUGUUCUAUAUGGGAUUUUAUUAUAAUGACCUCUGACAGUGAUUAAAAAAAUAUUCAAACCUGAUUGGUGAAAGCACUAUAGUGUAUACAUGAUGUGUAUGUGUGCUCGCAUGUUUGUUCCAGUUCUUGCAGUGUUGUCAGUCUGUGCCCCUAUAUUAAAUAGCAGAUUAUGCAGUGCCUCACAA